GGUGCGUCGGGUGCGCGCGGGUUCCGAGUCCACCACAGCCUGGGCCGGCGCCCCUGGUCCGCUUCGCCCGGUUCCUACCCUCCCACAGAGCUGGGAGACAGAGGCCCCAUCUUCGGAUGUGGGCUGGAAUCAACAGUACAUUCUUUUGGCAGUCUGGAGUUUUCUCAGUUGUUCCUUCUGGUUUCAAGAAUUCCUGCCUUUUCCGCGGUGACGGCCUUCCCGUGAGAAAAAAAGAAAAGAAAAAAGAAUUCCUGUCAUAUUUUGCAAGGUCAUCGCUUUGUCUCGUCACUGGUGAAGCUGGUGGUCUCUGGAUCUCCACGUUGUAAAGCCCAAUGGAGCUUGUGACAGCCCUGGUGGACCUCCAGGAGGAAUCCAGCUGUCCCAUCUGCCUGGAGUACUUGAAAGACCCGGUGACUAUCAGCUGUGGGCACAACUUCUGUCACUCCUGCCUCAGUGUAUCCUGGAAGGAUCUAGAUGAUACCUUUCCCUGUCCUGUCUGCCGUUUUUGCUUUCCUUACGGGAACUUCAGGAGGAACCCUCAGCUCCGUAGUUUGACUGAAAUCGCUAAGCUGCUGCAGGUCAGAAGGAGCAAGAGGAAGAGGCAGAAAGAGAAGGCUGUGUGUGACAAGCACGACCAGUUUCUGACCCUUUUCUGUGUGAAGAACCUGGAGAUGCUAUGUGCACAGUGCAGCCUCUCCGCUGAACACCAGAAGCACUACAUUAGCCCCCUUGACAAAGCCGCCUCUCACCACCGAGAAACUCUGGAGCGUAGCGUUGAGCCCUUGAAGAAUAAUAUAGAACGAGUUGAAAAAGUGAUAGCUCUGCAGGGCAGCAAGUCAGUGGAGCUUACGAAGCAGGUAGAAUGUAAGAGAGAAGCAAUCAGUUCUGAAUUUGAGGGAAUUAGACUGUUUUUACAGAAUGAGCAAGAGACUAUUCUUAGGGAGAUACAAGAUGAAGAGACGGACAUUUUAACAAAACUAAAUGAAAACCUUGUAAUGUUUUCAGAUGUUGUUUCCACAUUAAAACAUCUUCUGAGGGAGAUAGAGGGCACGUGUGUGCAGUCAGACGUGGAAUUACUGGCCUGCGUUAAGAGCAUCUACCGCAGGUAUCAAACCCUAAAACACCCUGAAACCUUUUCAUUUAGUUUAACAAAAUACGGUUUCAGACUUCCUCCCCAGUAUUCCGGCUUGCACAGAGUCAUCAAGGCCUUCCAAGCAGAUGUGAUCCUGGAUGUGGACACGGCCCAUCUUCAGCUGAUUGUCUCUGAGGACAGAAGAGCUGUGCGGUACGGAAGAACAAAGCAAAAAGGUGGCUGUCACGCAAGGAGAUUCGAGCUUUGCCCUGCUGUCCUGGGCUGUCAGAGGUUCAGUGCUGGCAGACACUACUGGGAGGUGGACGUGGGAAGGAAGCCCAAGUGGAUCCUGGGCGUGUGUCAGGACGGGGUUGCUCGCAGCUGGCAGGAUCAGCCGUCGGUUCUGGGUGGGUUCUGGGCUGUUGGCCGGUACAUGCGUGGCGGCUAUGUUGCCUCGGGCCCCAAGAGAGCCCACCUGCUGCCGGCAGUGAGGCCCAGUAAGGUUGGCAUUUUUCUGGACUGUGACUUGGGUGAGGUCUCCUUUUAUAAUAUGAAUGAUAGGUCUGUUCUCUAUACUUUUAGUGAUUCCUUCACAGAAGCUGUUUGGCCUUAUUUCUAUACUGGAACAGAUUCAGAACCUCUUAAAAUCUGUUCAGUAUCAGAUUCUGAAAGGUAAAGAACCUGGUAAAUAAACCUGUUUGAGUUUUUAUUGGCAACUUGGUCAGUAGUUUAAGUUUUACCACUGAAAACCAGAAUAGAUUUUUCUGCUUCAUUGUUAGCAACUGUCAAACAUGCUUAUCAUACCACUUUUAUAGAUAUGAAGGUCAAUUGUCAAGAGCUUUGCAUUUUAAGAUAAAAUAUUUGCUGAGAAUUAUAUUACUUAACAUGUCCAAUGAAAUUGUAAAAUUUCCAAUAAAUUGUUUCCUUUAGUUAGGUCAAUCCCCUAAAGCUGUGCAGAUUAUUAUUUAAGUGGCAUGUUUACCACGUACUUACCUUUCUGUGUAGUGGAUUCUUCUGUUUACCUCCAUAUCUCUCAUUUAUCAAAUUUUCUGUUCUUUAUUGUAUCAUUUGACACAGUUGACUUGUUUUUGUGGCUAAUGAGGAUUUCACUUUGUUUAAAUCUUUUCUCUAUAUACACUUACAAAUGCACAACACAUAGGUAAUGUCUAACAUUUUUCUUUUUCUUUUUCUUUUUUUUUUUU